CAAUCUUUUGGCCACACAGAUCAUCAAUUAUUCUGAUCACAAUUACCCUCUUAUCACUUAGAUUCUCAUACCCAAAUCUUCAUUUCCAUGGCAGAUCACCAUAAUAACACGCCUUUUCUUCUUGAAAGAAAGGAUGUUGUGUUUGUUAAACCUGCAAAACCUACCCUCUUUGAAGUUCUUUCUUUAUCUUCUAUCGAUAAUGAUCCAAACCUUGAACUUCUGUGCCAAAGCAUUUAUGUAUACCAAGCAAAGCCAAAGCCCAUUUUUUCUAAUGGUAAUGCUCGUCAUCAUGACGAUGUUGCAUCAAAGGUCAAUUCUCAAGAAGCAGACUCAUCAGACCCUACCCAUGUGAUUAAAGAUGCCAUUUCCAAAGUUUUAGUCCAUUACUAUCCUCUAGCUGGGAAGCUCAAGAGGGAGAGUGAUGGUAGACUCCAAUUGACCUGCAAUGGAGAUGGUGUGCCAUUCUUGGAGGCAACUGCAAAUUGCCAGCUUUCUUCUCUUAAUUACUUGGACGGUGUUGAUGUUGAAAUUGCCAAACAAUUUGUCUUUGACUUGCCAUCAAAGAGUGAGUAUGGUUAUCACCCUCUAGUUUUUCAGCUGACAAAAUUUUCAUGUGGGGGUUUCACCAUUGGAAUGGGCUUAUCACACUCAGUGUGUGAUGGGUUCGGUGCAUCUCAAUUCUUCAGAGCCAUGGCCGAGUUUGCAAGUGGAAAGAGUGAGCCUACAGUGAAACCCGUGUGGGAAAGAGAAAGACUGGUAGGAAAAGCUAUUCAGGAACCUUUACCUCCAAUAGUUGACAACGCUGGUUUAGCAAAAUCACCAUAUUUGCCAACUACAGACAUCUUGCAUGCAUGCUUUAACGUGACUAGUGAGAGCAUAAGACGACUUAAAGUAAACCUAAUGAAGGAAUUAUGUGAAGAGAAUGAAGGAAAGAGAGAAAGUUUCACCACCCUUGAAGUGCUUGGUGCCUAUAUUUGGAGAUCAAGGUUCAGAGCUUUCAAUCUGAAUCCAGAUGGGAAGACAAUCCUCUUCUUAACUAUUGGGAUAAGGCAUCUCUUGAAUCCAUCUUUGCCAGUUGGGUAUUAUGGAAAUGCUAUUUCAUCUUCAAUUGUGGAGUUAAUGGGAGGGGAUCUCAAUGAAGGACCACUCUCGGGAGCUAUCAAACUCAUUAAAGAAAGCAAGAAACUUGCUUGUAAUUCAGACCACGUUUGGAGUCGCAUAAAUAUUAUAGAGACAUUAAUAGAGAAGAAAAUCAAGAUUGAAGGUGGUAGAGGUGCAGUCAUGGUAUUGACAGAUUGGAGGCAACUGGGUCUAUUGGAGGAAGUGGAUUUUGGAUGGAAAGCUGCAGUGAACAUAAUUCCAGUGCCAUGGAAGAUGUUUGGUUAUGUGGAUCUGUGUAUUUUCUUGCCUCCUUUCAGUUUGGAUCCUUCAAUGAAAGGUGGAGUUAGAGUUCUUGUUUCUCUCCCAAAAGCUGUCAUGCCCAAGUUCAAGGAAGAAAUGGAUGCUCUUUUGAAGCUAGGAGACGAAGAGGCUCAUCCCUAAAUUGCCUUAAUAAAUCGUUGCAUGUAUAUUUAUCUGCACUAAUUAAUUGGAUCAAUUUUUUAACUUUCA